AUGAGACCCUCCACCCUCUCGACCGUCCUCUCCUGCGCCGCCGUCGCAACCGCCGCCGCGGUCACCAACGAGACGACGACGCCCUCCCCGGCCAUCCCCAAUGUCGUCCAGUCGACCUGGGACGGGAAGUGCUUCUACCCGACGCCCGACGCCGCCUUCGACGUCGAGGCCUACCUCGGCCGCUGGUACCAGGUCGCCGGCACCGUCGCGCCCUUCACCGCCGGCUGCAAGUGCAUCUACGCGCAGUACUCUCUGAACGACGACGGCACAGUCAAGGUCAACAACACGUGCGAGACCCCGGAGCGCGCCGUCAACAUCCUCGGCACCGCCGCGCCCGCCGACCCGUCGUACGGCGCCAAGGGUGUCCUGCGCGUGCAGUUCCCCGGCCAGCCCGGGCCCGAGUGCGCCGGUCCCAACUACAUCGUCCAGGACUACACCCCGGACUUUGCGCUCGUGCAGUCCAGCAACUUCUCGACGCUGUUCGUGCUCAGUCGCCAGCAGAACCCGGAGGAUGCCGUUCUCGAUGCAUGGAUCGCCCGCGCCGGCCAGCUCGGCUCCAGCCUCGACGACGUUAUCAAGAUUGACCAGACGGACUGCAAGUUCACCUGA